UAUUUCUUCUUUCCUCUAUAUAACUAAUCUGUUCAUCAAUUGAUCUCAUCCAUACACUAGACUAUUAAUCGAAUCUAUGGCAUCAUCUUCUUCUUUUGCGAGUAAUUCACAGUACUGUCCUCAACGGAAGUACGAUGUCUUUCUAAGUUUUAGAGGAGAAGAUACUCGAAAAAAUUUUACGAGUCACUUGUACCAAGAUUUGGAAAAUAAGGGAAUAUUCACCUUUCUAGAUGAUAAAAGGCUAGAGGAUGGAGAUUCCAUCUCAGAAGAACUUGUGAAAGCUAUAGAAGAGUCUCAAGUUGCAGUAAUCAUUUUCUCAAAGAAUUAUGCUACGUCAAGGUGGUGCUUGAAUGAACUAGUGAAGAUAAUGGAAUGCAAGGAGAAAAAAAUUGGACACACAGUCAUACCGGUCUUCUGUUAUGUGGAUCCAUCACAUGUUCGAUACCAAAGUGAGAGCUUUGCAGAAGCAUUUGCCAAACACGAAUCGAGGUACAAGGAUGAUGUUGAGGGGAUGCAGAAGGUGCAAGGAUGGAGGAAUGCCCUAGCUGCUGCCGCAAAUCUAAAGGGAUAUGAUAUCCGUGACUGGAUUGAAUCAGACUUCAUUCAGCAUAUUGUUAGCCAAGUUUCGUCCAAAUUAUGCAAGACUUCAGUAUCUUAUUUGCGAAAUGUUGUGGGAAUAGAUACUCAUUUAGAAAAAGUAAAAUCCCUAUUAGAAAUGGAGAUCAAUGAUGUUCGGAUUGUUGGGAUCUGGGGAAUGGGUGGAGUUGGUAAAACGACAAUAGCAAGGGCUAUUUUUGAUACAAACUCAAAUCGAUUUGAUGGUGCUUGUUUUGCGGAUAUUAAGGAAAACAAGUGUGGAAUGCAUUCUUUGCAAAAUAUCCUUCUCUCAGAACUAUUGAGGAUACAAGGUAACCACGUGAAUAAUAAAGAGGACGGAAAGCACAUGAUAGCUCAUAGACUUCGGUCUAAGAAGGUUUUAGUUGUGCUUGAUGACAUAGAUCACAAUGACCAUUUGGAUAACCUAGCUGGAGAUCUUGAUUGGUUUGGCAAAGGCAGUAGGAUUAUUGCAACAACUAGAGAUAGACAUUUGAUGGGAAAGAAUGAUGUAGUAUAUAAAGUGACUGCACUACUUAAACAUGAUGCUAUUAAAUUGUUCCAUCAAUAUGCUUUCAAAGAAGAAGUUCCAGGUGAAUCUUUUGAGAAGCUCUCGUUGGAGGUCAUUGAUCAUGCUAAAGGCCUUCCUUUAGCACUGAAAGUGUGGGGUUCUUUCUUACAUAAGAGGGACAUAAUUGAGUGGAGAAGUGCUAUAGAGCAAAUGAAAAUUAAAUCCAAGUCAGAAAUUGUUGAAAAACUUAAAAUUAGCUACGAUAGACUGGAGACCAUACAACAAGACAUAUUUCUAGAUAUAGCAUGCUUCUUACGAGGGGAGGGAAAAAAAUACAUCAUGAAAAUUCUUGAGAGUUGUUAUUCUGGAGCAAAUAUUGAAUUGAGUGUCCUAAUUGACAAAUCUCUUGUGUUCAUCGACGACUAUGAUAUGAUUCAGAUGCAUGACUUAAUACGAGAUAUGGGUAAAUAUAUAGUGAAUAUGCAAAAGGAUCCAGGUGAACGUAGCAGACUAUGGGACAUGAAGGAUUUGGAAGAAGUGUUUGUCAACAAUACAGGGACAGUGGCAGUGGAAAUAAUCUGGAAUAUUUAUAUUCCAAAACUAUGGUUAAGCAAAGAGGCAAUGAAAAAUAUGAAAAGACUUAGGAUAUUACAUAUAACUGACUGUCACGGAUGGUUCCAACGGAACCUCGAUACAGAUUAUAGCUCCGGGAGUGAUUCGGAAGACAAUGUUUCCUAUGAUUCCAAUUGCCAUGAUGGUUUCAUUGAGUACCUGCCCAACAACUUGCGUUGGUUUACCUGGUAUCGCUAUCCUUGCAAGUCAUUGCCAGAAAAUUUUAAACCGCAAAGACUUGUUCAUCUUCAACUCCAGGAUAGUUUGUUGCAUGAAUUAUGGACUAAAAGAAAGAUACUUUUGCCGUCUCUACGAAGGCUAGAUCUCCGGUUCUCUAGAAGCUUGAUGGCAACACCAGAUUUCACCGGGAUGCCAAAUUUGGAGUAUUUGGAUUUGGGUGGAUGCAAGAGUCUUAAAGAGGUUCACCAUUCUCUGGGAUGUUCCAGAAAACUCAUCUCUUUAGAGUUGUAUGGUUGUAUAAACCUUGAGAGGUUUCCAUGUGUAAACGUGGAAUCUCUUGAAAAACUAUAUAUAAUGAGUUGCUGUAGUUUAGAGAAAUUUCCAGAAUUCCUUGGAAGACUGAAGUUGAAGUUAGACAUUGGUGAGAGAGGAGGCUCCAAGAUAAGUAGUGAUUUGCCUACAGAGCUAGAUUUGAGUAAUUUCAAAAACCUUGUAGCUUUUCCAAGCAGCAUUGGCAUGUUGAAAAGCUUGGUGAAGUUAUAUCUAUCGUAUUGCUCUAAGUUUGAAAGCCUUUCAGAAGGGAUAGGGGAUUUAGAAAACUUGGAGGAGCUUCAUGCCGACUAUACUCUAAUCUCACAACCUCCAUCUUCCAUUAUCCGGCUGAACAAACUUAAAUCAUUGAGUUUUGCAAAAAAAAAAACAGGAGGAGGUCUCGUAGAUGGAGUGUUCUUUGUUUUCCCUCACGUGAAUGAAGGGUUACACUCAUUGGAAAAGCUAGAUCUCCGUUACUGCAAUUUAACAGAUGGAGGACUUCCGGAAGACAUUGGAUGUUUAUCCUCAUUGAAAGAGUUGCAUCUCCAGGGAAAUAAUUUUGAGCAUUUGCCUCUAAGCAUAGCCCAACUUGGUUCUCUUCGAUCCUUGGACUUAUCAGAGUGCAGGAGGCUUAAAAAGUUUCUAGGUGUUAAUGUGGCUGAAGGGUUACGCUCGUUGGAAAAUCUGAAUCUCAGUUCCUGCAAUUUAAAAGAGGGAGUACUUCCCGAAGACAUUGGAUGCUUAUCCUCUUUGAAAGAGUUGAAUCUCCAGGGAAAUAAUUUUGAGUAUUUGCCUCGAAGCAUAGCCCAACUUGGUUCCCUUCGAUCCUUGGAUUUAUCAGAGUGCAAGAGGCUUAAAGAGUUUCUAGGUGUUAAUGUGGCUGAAGGGUUACGCUCGUUGGAAAAUCUGAAUCUCAGUUACUGCAAUAUAAUAGAUGGAGGACUUCCGGAAGACAUUGGAUGCUUAUCCUCUUUGAAAGAGUUGAAUCUCCAGGGAAAUAAUUUUGAGCAUUUGCCUCGAAGCAUAGCACAAGUUGGUGCUCUUCAAACCUUGCACUUAUCAGAUUGUCAUAUGGCUCUGAAAAUUAUUCCUAAUUUACCACAGAGGGUGAUAUUCACGCCAUUGCCAUAUGGCUCUGAAAAGUACAAUGAUUUGAUUCCUAUUACGUUUGCCCGUGCCAUGUUUCAGAAUAUCUCUGAUUCACAUUCCUUGUCAUUUAGAAUGUCUACCAUUAAGCAUGCUGGGAAUAAAAUCCCUAGUUGGUUCCACCAUCGGGGGACAGAUAAAAGUGUAUCAGUCUAUUUGCCUGAAAAUUGGUACACAUGUGAUAACUUCUUGGGAUUUGUUGUAUGUUAUUAUGACAGAUUAGUUGAAACCACAGCUCACUUGAUUCCCUUAUGCAAUCGGAUGCCGUGGAUGAUCCAGAAGUUAUCCGUAAGCAAUCAUUCAAAGUGCUAUAAAUCUUAUCUUGAUGAACGAUCUACUAUUCAUUUAUUCUUUGUACCUCUUGCUGGCGUAUGGGAUACAUCUAAGGCAAAUGGAAAAACACCAAAUGACUAUGGAUUUAUUGGUGUAACUUUUUCUGGACAAAUUAAGAAUUACGGAUUUCAUUUGUUGUAUAAAGAUGAACUAGAGCAUGAGGCGUUGUUACAAAUGAGGGGAGAUAAUGAUGAACCAACAGAGCACUCCAUUUGGACAAGGAGGAACAGAUAUGAUGAUAGUGAACACCAUAAUGAAGCCAGUUGCUCGUCUUCUAAGAAACAAAGGUCUGGUACUACUGUUGAUGUGCCAGUUAAUCCAGAAACUUUGCAGCUCUUUCCGACAAGUCCUGGAUUUUCGCUUAAAUAAAGUCACCAAAUUAGUGCCAGAAAGUGCAGGCAACACUAACAGUCCAAGACUGGGAAUCUAAGGGGUUAAGAAGGAACUUUGCAUGUUGAAUAUGAAAUGAUGCAUACCCAACCGAUAUCGAGAUUUCACUGUGUUAUCACUUGAAGGUGUUAUAAGUUCAUAGAGAAAAUGCAAAGUGUUAUUCCCAAAGGUAAGUUGGGAAUAAGAUGAAACAAUCAAAGAUGCAGUACAGCUUGAGACGGUGGGGGAAGCUGGAGUGAAGUUGAGUACAAACUGGGACCAUGGUACUUUUAGAACAACGCUGGUAACUCCGCCUGUGAAGGACACAUGUUUCCUCUGUUUGUAACAGAACAACUAGUAAUUUGUUGUUUCAGAAUAUCUCAUCAUUGCGGCGUGACAUUUCUGCUUCAGUCACUAAGAGUGUUUACCACAAGGGGGAAUAUUGCAAGUUGGUUCCACCAUUCGGGAAUUGGUAGAAUUAAUUGUAUCAGUCAAUUUGCCUGAUAAUCGGUCUUGAAUAUCCUUGAAGUCGUGGAUAUUGUCAACAGAGAAGGGACUCAUCGAGCUGCAACGAUACAGGAGUUGGGUAAAAGAUGAAACAAUUGACGUGAGACAUUGGAGGAAGCUGGAGUACGAGGUCAUAAAGUUGAGUGCAAACUGGGAGUUUCACGUAACACUGCAUAUGAAGGGCACGUGUUUCCUCUGCCUGAGAAAGAGAUUCACGAAAGAACUUGGAUGAGCAUUGGAAAUAUUAGUAAGUCACCUCACAUCACAAAGCUAGCGAAGCAAAGGGAACUAUUUGCAGGAAUCAAACGUACACCCGGUGGUAGAGCAGCUAUUCCACUGGAGUCGGAGUUGGAGUUGUGUGACAUAAUAGAGAAUUAGAAUCAGAGUUGUCAAAAGAGAUGAGCAUAUAUAUCUUUUGCAAUCAGAAACAUUGAAUUGAUUGUAUUUUCUCUUGUUUUUUAACUAGUUCUCGAACCCGUGUAUUCUAUGCUAAUUAGUACAAUUUUUUUAAAAAUAAUAGAGAAGGGAAUGAAGAGAUUGAGCAGA